ACGUGUGAUGGGAGUCCUGUUGCCCCCACACCAGUGUGUGUCCCCAUGUUCAUCAUCAGUCCUGAGUGAGGCAGGAGAGGUAAAGAGGCCUCGGCCCAGACGCCUGCGCCCUGUCUACCUAGAGACAGAACCUCUCUCGGGAGCCACGGCCCGCCUGCCUUCCUGAGCCCAUCUCAGCCAUGUCCAAAGGGCCUGCGGGCUGGGGCGUGGCUCCCCCACAAGGCGGGUGGUCUGCGUGGCACCGCUGUCCCCAGCUACCUCACGAGAGGCCAUGUGGGGAUGUGUUCCAUGCCAGGCGCGCGCCAGGCUGGGGCUCCGCCAGAGCGUGCAGGCGGGCAGGGCUCCCCAUGCUCGGGACAGGCUGGCCUCUCCUGCCUUCCCUCCCUCCCUCGUGCCUUCCCUCCCUCCCUCCUUCCACAGCGCCGUGAGACCCUUUGUAAAGUGCCAGGAUGCUGUUACCCUCUGUUCCAUGUUGGGGGGCGGGGGGGGACCCGUGGGGGCAGCAUCCCGCAGGCUUCCAAGCAUGAGGAUAGCUGCAGCUGCUCGGGGCAAGGUGAGCAAGGGGGAGGGCAGAGAGCAGCUGUGGCGGGCCUUCCGUCUGCCCAGCCCAGCCCAGCCUCCGUCCAGCGCUUCCGUCGGUGCUCCCAUCGGUGCUCCCAUUCAAGGCCUGGCUGGCUUCCGUGAAUAUUUGGGGCCCUGGCUCUGUCGCAGGCUCUCAGUCGUGCCUCCGUACCUUGUGAGGAGCCACUCCCUAGUCAGUCCUCGUGGGGCACUAGCUCGGGUGUCGUCACUUGUCCGAGGCCACGUGGCAAGUACCCGCAGACCAGGGUUUACACCUGGACCUUCUGACCCCCAAGUCUUGUGUUCUUUUCUUUAUUCACAUCAUCUCCCUUUCUUUAUUAUUUCUGGAAUUGUUUUUCUAAUACAGAGGCCUGUCUCCUUCACUAAUCUGAUUAGAAACCACUGUGGAGUCUCCGUUGUCAUCUUGUGGGCAUUCUGGGGCCCAGGGGUUCCAGCUCCCCCCGCCCCAGCCUUCCCUCUUCUGCUUUACUCACACCGGCUGCUCACUGCCCACCCCAUCCACCUCCUGAGAAACCCUGCAGGCCCUCAAAGUUUCCCUGGGUCACACUUGGGACAUCUGUGGUCCCCAGGCGAGGGUGCCCAGCACAGAAGAGGCCUCAGUGUCUGGAGGUGGCUCGGCUAGAUGAGCAGGCAGGGCUGCCCCCUCUGCGGCGGGGGCGGUCUGGGAUUCGCUGGGUCCGAGGUGGCGGGCUGCACCCCUCCGAACUGACUUCGGGCUCGGCGCUCCCUGGCUGGCCCGCGGCAGCCCUGCCUCCCAGCCGCUCCCAGAGCCACGCUCUAGCGGUCGUGCCCAGGGUUUCUGCUGGCGACCCGCCGUCACGGCGAGCUGCUUGGGGCCAGCCUUGCUGAGAAGCCGGCACGUCCCUCCUCUCACUUCAGAAAGACUUCCGGAAGCCUUGCCCUUCCCAGAGGAGUCUCCCAGAGCGUGUCCCCGCUCGGCCGCACGCUGGGCCUAGGGCUGCGCGCCUGCUCCCGGGCCCCGCGUUCUUGCUCUGCGCCGGGCCGGCAGUCGCCGCACGGGCAGGGGUGGGGAGGGGAGUACCUGGCCU